AAAUUGUCAUCGUCAAAAUCCUAACCUGCCUUGUAAACAAUAGCGGUGCGUUAGAGUUUUAUUCCGUAAAACAUUAGGUGAAAAUAUUUAAUUGACGCAAGUCUUUCGGAGUAAAGGCUGACGAAUACAAAAAUUUUCUUUAAACGGUCAAACUCGGUCAUUAAAAAUGAAUUGCAGUGAUCCAUUCAACAACAGUCUACCGGCAUCGUCGUCACCAUUGGCUUCUUCAUCGUACAGGCAACAUUCUCCGUAUCAUAAAAGUGAAAUCGUUUCCCGUGGUCUAGAAUUAAACUUUUCCGCGAAAGUUAGUCGACAUUCGUUGAAAUGGGGAACAAUCAACGUUUGUCUCCUUUCUGUGUUACUGUUCGAUAUUUCCAAUCAAGAACCGUAUGCGCUAUCCAAAUGGUAUUAUGUUGAAUGUGUUGGAGCCAUUCUAACUGCCCUGAGCGUUGCCUAUUACUUUGGCAAAUAUUUCUAUUUGUUAUUCACCGUACAACCGCUGCAGGGAACCGUUCAACAAAGGGAGUUGCUUCAGUUUAAGGAUGGAGAUUCCUCGUUUAUAACGUCUCCACCGACGGGACCAACGCCCCGAAAAGAUGCGAAUGCAGUAAAUGUAACGUCCCUGAGUUGGCAUUCAUCCAUGAACGAUUCGAAUCGCAAUUUGACAUCGUCCUGUUGGACCGUCAAUCAACUGUCUCCGCAGAGAUUGAGCAUGAACAGUUUUGGUCCAAACACAUCGUGGCAGACUACCCGAGCGAAUAAUUCGAUGAAUGUUAGCGGUAAUUUUAGUCAGCCCAAUUCGCCACCGUUAUCAUUUUCAUCGCCAUACAAGUACAGUAACGACAGAGGAGAAAUUAUUUCCGAUGAGAAAGACAUGCAGCAGUAUUUGAGGAAAAUUGAGCGGCAAGAGAAGAGUAUGUCUCAAGUCGUCGAGCAUUGGAAUGAGGAGAAUGAUCGAAAUUCCAAAAAUUUCUUAUGGAACUACUGUAAUAAUGCGGCCAACCUGCUGAAGACGUCAAUCUACCAGCUAGCACCCACACAAACAUUACAAGCCAAUUCAUCAACAAAGGAUGAACUAGGAAUGUUUCGAAGUGCCUGUGGUGACAAUGACGGCAAUUCAGAUAUCAUCAAAACUUUCGGCUCGUCCGAAUUGACGCAAAGCGUUUACAAUUUGCGCAUGUGGAUCGCCUGCACUGUGCUGCAUCGCUUGGAAGCCGAAAUUGUGAAAACGAAUAAGGCGUUUGAGUGUCGCGGAUUUGUCGAUUUGAAAAUCGGCAGUGUCGGAUUGGAUCGAUUAAAGAAAACUGCUGAAAAUCAUCAACUGGUGUGCAUGGCUCCGGUUCUGCCAAUGAUCGUUCCGUUUUUGGAAAUGUCUACGAAUCAGGAAUAUCUGGUUCGGCGCAUCAACGAUUUGGCAAAAGGUUGCGUCUUGUCGGAGUAUCGAUGGAAUUCGGGCGGAAAUUACAAUUCGCUGAAUUGGGAUGAACAUUUACCGACAGAUUCGGCAGUAAUCUUCCACAUGUUCUGCACGUAUUUGGACAGUCAAUUACCUCCGUUGCCGCAACCGGGUGGACGAGCUUUCUUUAAUCGAUAUGUCGUUUCGGGUGAUAAAAAGUCGCCGAAAGAAAUUAUAGCUGAAGUGAAAAAUAAGACGAAAUGUGCCAUACUCUGCACGAACGUAAUGAAACCGAAGCUGAAUUUUAUCAGCGACGGUAAAAUUCACAACAGCGUUCACGACCGGAACAACGUUUUUUAUGUUAUCAUCGAGUUCUUGAUGUACAUGAAAUCAAAUAACGCUGGACUAUUGGAAGGAGUCAAUCUUGGUCGGAGUGGAAUCAACAUACUCAGAGUUAUCGAUGAACAACCGAUGCAAAAUUAGCUAGCAUUUGACUUUUAGUAUUUUAUUGAAGAAAAAGCGAAAGAAUGGAAAUAAAACAUGACGGAGGCUGUUACAAA